ACCAACGGGACGUGGGUGGUGACGAGUCCAAAGUAAAAAUUUUUAUUUCUCAUUAUUUAAUUUAAUUAAAAAAAAAAAAAACAAUUAAAACCAGGAAACUUGUUUUAACGUUUAUACAAAAGUUAAUUAUUUAAAUAUUUUUUUAAAUCAACUGUUGUUUAUUAAACAAAUUGACAAAAAAAAUUGUUGAUAAAUUUGUAUUUUUUUUAAAUUAAAUGAAAGUAAACAACACAGGAUAUUUUUAAAUAUCAAAAGUGCUACAAUUAUUUUUUGUAAUUGAAAUUAUUUCCCGCCAAGUGGUUUUUAUAUUUUAUAAAAAUGAAAAUAAUAAUAAUUAUUAUGUUAUUAAGGUGUUAAUUAUUUUUAAAUUAUACUUUAUGUUGUUGAUGAUAAUGUGGCUUGAGAUAGGAUGAUAUAUCAAAAUGUUUUUUACAAGAUUAAAAAAUAAUUUUCAGACUGGUUUUCUUUUUUUUUGUUUUCUAUUAAUAACGUAAAAAAAAAUUAAUAAAAUUAAUUAUUAAAUAAAAAAUAAAAAUAGUGUUGUAUUUUAUAUUUUUUCAUAUUUAUAACGUGUAAAUUGUGAAAGUGUCAUUGAAUAAUUGAACUUUCAAAAAAGUCAAAUUGAAAUUACAUAGUGAUGACGAGAUUUUACAAAUUCAACAUGUAAACAAAUUGGCUAUUAAACGAUCUAUAAUAAAAAGUGAAUUAUUUAAAAUAAAAAAAAAUUUAAAAAAAAAACAUCAAAAUAGAGUAUCCUGGUGGAAACGGUAUGUACGGGGGUGGUACGGGAAGUGCGGGAUAUGGGGUUGGUUUAGGCCAAGGACCUGGACCCUCGCACUAUAUUCCUCCACCUUCAACUAAUCAUGUUGCUUACCAAUUGGCCACUGGACCCCCACUGGUCGCGGGUAUACCACCUGGAGCUACUGGACCACCUCCCGGAAGUCAGCUACUGUCUUACGGACCAAAUUUAUCACCCCAUCAUAUACAACAAUCUCAUAAUGACUUGUCCCUCACAAAACGACGAAGAUCUGAUGAGGAUGAUCCAAGUGGAGGAAAGUACCGUAGAAUUGAGGAUGAUAAUAUGCAAGACAAGGAAAGAUUUGCUAGCCGAGAGAAUCAUUGUGAAAUUGAGCGUCGAAGGCGGAACAAGAUGACAGCAUAUAUCACGGAACUCUCGGACAUGGUACCAACGUGUUCAACACUUGCCAGAAAACCCGAUAAAUUAACAAUACUCAGAAUGGCUGUUGCUCAUAUGAAAGCUCUACGAGGAACUGGUAAUACGAGUGAUGGUACAUAUAAACCAUCAUUUUUAACUGAUCAAGAAUUGAAACAUCUUAUACUUGAAGCUGCUGAUGGUUUUUUAUUUGUCGUUAGUUGUGAUACUGGUAGAAUUAUAUAUGUUUCUGAUUCAGUUGCACCUGUACUUAAUUAUUCACAAAGUGAUUGGUAUGGUACAAGUUUAUAUAAUCAAGUACAUCCAGAUGAUACUGAAAAAGUACGUGAACAAUUAAGUGCAUCAGAACCACAACAUGCGGGUAGAGUACUUGAUCUUAAAACUGGUACAGUUAAAAAAGAAGGACAUCAAUCAUCUGUAAGACUUAGUAUGGGCUCAAGACGUGGUUUUAUAUGUCGUAUGAGAGUUGGAAGUCUUCAAACUUCUGGUGAUAUGGCUGCAGCACAAGGACUUCAUCGUUUAAAACAAAGAAAUUCAUUGGGACCACCAGCAAGAGAUGGACAAAGUUAUGCUGUUGUUCAUUGCACGGGGUAUAUUAAAAAUUGGCCCCCCACUGGUGAGUUUGGUGAUUUUGUUCCCCCGUGUAUACCAGGUGUGGGUUUAGGAGACAGGGGUGCUCUUCAAACUGGACCCGAUGGUGUUAUAACUGAUGAUGCAAAUCAUUGUUGUCUGGUUGCAAUUGGACGACUACAAGUAACAAGUACACCAAAUACCAAUGACUUGGCUGGUUCAAAUAGCAAUAAUGAAUUCAUAUCACGUCAUUCUGCAGAGGGUAAAUUUACAUUUGUCGAUCAAAGGGUUGGUGGUAUAUUGGGUUAUACACCAUCUGAUUUACUUGGUCAUCAAUGCUAUGAAUUUUUUCAUCAAGAAGACUUGCCACAUAUGCGAGAUAGUUUUGAUCAAGUUUUAAAGCUCAAAGGACAAGUUAUAUCAGCAGUAUAUCGUUUCCGUUCAAAAAAUCGUGACUGGGUGUGGCUGAGAACUUCGGCAUUUGCCUUUUUAAAUCCAUGCUCACAAGAUGUUGAAUAUAUUGUUUGUACAAAUUCAAUUGCUAAAUCAAUUCAUCCUGGUGGUGAAACACAAGCUGAAAAUGAAGGAGUUCCACCUUAUGGACAACAUAGUUUGGAUUAUUCAUUACAACGACAACAAUCAAGGGAUUCAAUGUAUCCAAAUGCUCAUCAUUUAAUGCAACAUCCAACUGCUGUUGCUGCACCAGGUUCACAACAACAACAACAACAACAACCAAGACCAGCAAGUACACAAAAUGCUUAUCAAUAUGAAGCAACACAAUCACCAAUUGCAUAUGGUUCACCAAGUCAACAAAGUGCAUCAGCUACUGCAUUAAAUAGAAUGCAAAAACCUACAAAUACAUCACCUACACCUGUUCAACAAGCAUGGACACUUAAUCGUCAACAACCUGUUACCGAGGGUUAUCAGUACAGUCAACUGAGUCCUUCAAGAUCACCAAGUGGUCCAACUUAUACACAAUUAAGCAGUGGUGCAAGAACACCAGCAGCUCAAUAUCAUUCAGUUACAACAGUGCCUAAUAAUCCUGGUAUGUGGGCUUGGCAGGGACAACAACAUCAAGCACAACAACAAGAUGGUGGACAAUCAAAUGCACAAGUAGCUGGUCAACCACAAGUAACUCAUGCUCCACAAAGUGGACCAGGUUCACAGCCACAAGAAUUUAAUGAAAUGUUACAAAUGCUUCAAGAACACAGUGGUCCACCUGGUUUUGAUGAACUCAAUAUGUUUAAUACGAAUUUUGAAUAGCAUUAAUAAUAAAAACAUUACUUUUUUUUUUAAUACAAAAAAAUAAAAUUAAUUAUUGUGAUCAUCCUCGUGAUGAUAUUUUAAUAUCACGAGUUUGACAUCUAGCAUUGAAUUAUCACAAAUUAUCUUUUACGCCGGGAAUAAUUAAUUCCGUAAAAGCACUUGUACUCUUGCACCUGAUACACCAAAAGGUUCGUAAUUAGGUUUUUAAUAACGAGUGAAAAUUAAAAAAAAUAAAAAUUGUGUAUUUUAAAAUUACUGGAUAAGUAAUUAGGUCAGUUAGUUUUUUAUUAAGUUGUUUUUUUUUUUAAAUAAGAAAAAAAAAAAAUACUGACUCUUGAAAAUUUUAAUUGACAAUUGAUUGCCUCAAAGGUAGAUCAUUAAAACAUAAAGAUAUUAUUAUUAUAUAGACUUUGAAGUAAAAUGAGAUUUUGUUUUUCUCAUUUAAGAAAAAAAAAAAAUUAAAAUAAAACUAUUUGUAUAGAAGAAAUUUUUUUUUUUUGUGUUGGUCCAAAUGCUGAGGCAUCAUCUAAA